AUAGUUUACUUAAUAUCUUUAACAUUUUUAUGUUUUAUAUAGUAUACAUUUAUAUGUAUAUAAGUUUUUUUUUUUAAAUUGGGGGCCCCAUGAAGUGGGGGGCUAUUUGUAAUGUAACUAUUUGAGCAAGCAGAGAGGAUGGACUCUAUUAGUUUAGUUUGAGCAUUAUGAUUGAUUAAUCUUCUGAAGCCCAUUUGUAUGGAAUUGCCUCCGUCCAAUGAAGACUGCCUCUGUAUAAUGGGCUUUAUUAAGGAGAGGGAAAAAGAUUAUGUUAAUGGGCUUAUGAUAUGAGACCGAGAAUCUACGAGUUUGAUCCAUAAUAUACAUACGUAUUGAUUGCCGUGAAAUCUGGAAAAAAUAAAUAAAAAAGAGAGUAAAUUUUCGAAUCUGUAUAUUUACAAAGGGGGGGAAGGGGGCGGACAUAGAGAUAUUCAAAAUUUGAAAACAGAUUUACUGUUAUUCGCACCCAACUGAUAAGAAGGGAGAGAGGCUAUACGAGAGAUAAGUGUUUUGGUGAAGAAGAAAUGGUUGGAGAGGAAGAAGAGAAAAGAAGAUGGUGGUGGUUCGAGAGUCAUCACAAGACAACGACGACGACCUCCUCUAAGCAUUCUCAAUGGCUCCAUUCCACACUUGCAGAGCUUGAUUCCAAGACCAAUGCCAUGUUGUCGCUUAUUGAGGAGGGUAACGCCGAUUCUUUUGCGCAGCGAGCCGAGACAUACUACAAGAAACGUCCUGAGCUUAUCGCCUUCGUCCACGAUUUCUAUCGUGCUCACCGUUCCUUAGCCCACCGUUUCCAUCACCUUAAAUCCUCCCCUAUCGACCACUCCCUUUCCGAGCUCCUUGAUGAUCCCCAUUCCGAGAUUGAAGACCCUGACGAAGAUGAUGUUGAAGCCGCCUCCUCCACUUCGAAGAAACUGGAACAAGAAAGGUUGAAGCUCAUCCAAGAGAAUGAUGCUUUGAAAAGACAGCUGCUAGAGAAGGACGAAGAGAAGAGAGAGGUCAUUAGGCAGCUUUCCCUUACUGUUGAGACCCUCAAGGACGAGAACUUGAGUCUCAAGAGACGUCUUCUUCCCAGUGUGUCUCUCAAGAAACUCAGCUUUUUCCAUCUCGACUACACGUUCCUCGGGAAGCUGUUCUACAAUGGAAAUGCGCCAUCAUGGUAACCUCAUGAGCACUGUGUACAAUACUUUCUUUAUGUGUUUGAUUCAACACUCUCUUUUUAUGUAAGAUUGAAACAUCUAGUUUCAUGCUCUAUAGUAACCUGGAUUAUCGUAAUUAUCCUCUACCUACUUAAUAUGCAUGUCUUAUUUGUUCAA